AGUAGAGAGUUGGAUUGUCGUCUGCUAGGGCAGUGGAAUAGCUCAAUCAGUGGAGAGUUAAGUUGUCGUCUGCUAGGACAGUGGAAUAGCUCAGUCAGUAGCGAGUUGGAUUGCCGUCUGCUAGGACAGUGGAAUAGCUCAGUCAGUAGCGAGUUGGAAUGUCGUCUGCUAGGGCAGUGGAAUAGCUCAGUCAGUAGCGAGUUGGAAUGUCGUCUGCUAGGACAGUGGAAUAGCUCAGUCAGUAGAGAAUUAGAUUGUUGUCUGCUAGGACAGUGGAAUAGCUCAGUCAGUAGAGAGUUAGAUUGUUGUCUGCUAAGACAGUGGAAUAGCUCAGUCAGUAGCGAGUUGGAAUGUCGUCUGCUAGGACAGUGGAAUAGCUCAGUCAGUAGCGAGUUGGAAUGUCGUCUGCUAGGACAGUGGAAUAGCUCAGUCAGUAGAGAGUUAGAUUGUUGUCUGCUAGGACAGUGGAAUAGCUCAGUCAGUAGAGAGUUAGAUUGUUGUCUGCUAAGACAGUGGAAUAGCUCAGUCAGUAGCGAGUUGGAAUGUCGUCUGCUAGGGCAGUGGAAUAGCUCAGUCAGUAGCGAGUUGGAAUGUCGUCUGCUAGGACAGUGGAAUAGCUCAGUCAGUAGAGAAUUAGACUGUUGUCUGCUAGGACAGUGGAAUAGCUCAGUCAGUAGAGAAUUAGAUUGUUGUCUGCUAAGACAGUGGAAUAGCUCAGUCAGUAGCGAGUUGGAAUGUCGUCUGCUAGGGCAGUGGAAUAGCUCAGUCAGUAGCGAGUUGGGAUGUCGUCUGCCAGGACAGUGGAAUAGCUCAGUCAGUAGAGAAUUAGAUUGUUGUCUGCUAGGACAGUGGAAUAGCUCAGUCAGUAGAGAAUUAGAUUGUUGUCUGCUAGAACAGUGGAAUAGCUCAGUCAGUGGAGAGUUGGGUUGCCGUCUGCUAAGACAGUGGAAUAGCUCAGUCAGCAGACAGUUGUAUUGUUGUCUGCUAGGACAUUAG